AUGGCUAAUCUCUCGUUAAUUUUGCUUUUAUCUUUAGCUUUUUCACUUUCAGUUGUGUUUGCAGCUGAUCCUAGCACUCUCCAAGAUUUUUGUGUCACAAACCCAAUAGCCCAAGGUAAUUCUGUGUGCAAAGAUUCUAAACUUGUUGAGGCAAAUGACUUCUUCUUCAGUGGUCUUCACAUAGCUGGCAAUACCACUAACCCUGCCGGAUCUAGAGUAACUCCUGUCUUUGCAUCUCAACUACCAGGAUUGAACACACUCGGAAUCUCCUUGGCUCGCAUCGAUAUAGCACCAUGGGGAGUUAACCCUCCUCAUUCACAUCCUCGUGCUACUGAAAUAUUGACUGUUCUUGAAGGUACACUAGAAGUUGGAUUCAUCACCUCUAACCCGGAAAACCGUCACUUUACAAAAGUUUUACAAAAGGGAGAUGUGUUUGUGUUUCCUAUUGGGCUCAUUCACUAUCAAAGAAAUACUGGAUAUGGUAAUGUUGUUGCCAUUGCAGCUCUUAGUAGUCAAAAUCCAGGUGCUAUUACUAUUGGCAAUGCAGUGUUUGGGGCUACACCUGAUAUAUCUAGUGGAGUGCUCACGAAGGCUUUUCAAUUGGACAAGAAUACCGUCAAUUAUUUGCAGACGAAGUUUUAG